UUCCUGUGGUCCGACCUUUCCACCUCUAAGAAAAGCCAAGUGGAAUUUUGCCUUCUCUUCUGGGGGGGGGAAGGAUCCCCUUGUCUUCAGUUCGGUCUCCUCUGCUCUCCGCCCCCAUAAACUUUUCAGAGACUGGGGGAUUGCUAUGGAGCCCAGGGAAAAUUUAGGCCCUUCCCGGCCGAGAGGAAGUGAGACGGACUUCUUGGCAUCUACCAUUACUUCUGCCAAAGCUCCUUCUGCCCUUGCAGGAUCCGGGGAGAUCCUGCUCUCUACGUCCAGCUCUGCGAAAGGGAUCUCGGGGAGCGGGGAUCACCAUCGUAUGGAAAUUGAGGAAGAGGAUGAGCUGUGCUCCAGGAGGGAUGUGGAUUCGAUUUCCAACGCUGACAGUGAAAAGUGGGUAGCCGGCGAUGGUCUGGAGGAACAAGAAUUCUCCAUCAAGGAGGCCAACUUCACCGAGGGAAGCUUGAAGUUGAAAAUCCAGACCACCAAGAGGGCCAAGAAGCCCCCCAAAAGCCUAGAGAACUAUAUCUGCCCUCCAGAGAUCAAAAUCACCAUUAAGCAAUCUGGGGAGCCCAAACUUUCAAGAGGUGGGAAAAACAGCAAAGCCUCCAGAGAAGAAGACCACGCUCACUCCAAAAAGAAGGGUUAUGACCGGCUACAGAAACAUUCCGUGGUUCACUACGAUCCAGAGCUACCCCAGGAUUUCACCAGUGACACCUUAAAAUCACGGCACCAGCAAAGAAAUAGCAACCAACAUCAUCUCGACUGGUCGUUGACAUCUGAGUCUGGAUCAACAUCUCAAGCUUGCUUUGUUGCUCCGGAGUCAAACCGAGAAGCCACUAAUUCCCCUAAGGUCUCGGGGUUAGAUGCUGGGCUGUCAUUCAGCAAAUCUCAAGUUAAGAAGGCAAAUUCCAGCAGCGCCUGGGCUCAGCUGACCAGUGGUGGUAGUAACAAAGACCAUUCCUCUUGCACUGCAGCCCCGGGGUCAAACUCUCUUGGAUUAGCUUCCCAGUCUAACAAUCUGGUUGACUGCAGUGGAUUUUUGAAUCAAGAGGGAGGGGGACAAGCAGACCCCCUCGAUCAAACCAGCACUAGCUCCAAGAAAAAAUCCAGUAAGAAAGACUUAAUCAACCAGACCACCCUAAAUACAGACCUAGAAUGGGUGAAGAACCCUCAGAAGUCAUUGGAAGGCCAACCCAAUGUCAACAUGGAUGGCAAAAAGGAACCCAGCGCAACCAAGUCACCGUCGCCCCGACAAAGCCCAAACUCAGCCAACCUGUCUGAAAAUGAUACGAGCCACGUGCGAAUUACUAUCCCGAUCAAAGGUCCAAUAGGGGAACCACUUGGCCACAAAAGGAAGAAAAGACAGUCAACCAAAGUUGCUCCCGACAAGACAGAGAAAUCUACAUUUCCUGGGCAACCUGUAAGCAGUGAUGUAGCCAGCCGGAGUAACCCAGUAGACUUGUGUCAAAAAGAUCCCCGUGUCACAAAGCCAGCGAAAGCUCCUGAGAUCGAAUCUCCCUCCAUGGUAUCCAUGGAAAAAAGCGAGAUGACCAAUAAAUCACCCUCGAGCAACGCGACCAGGCUCAAAAAGACGCCAACCGUCACGUCCGUUCGAUGACAAAUGAUAUCCCUGCCCCAGCAAGCAUUUAGAGAUUCAGCACCCAAAUUUUCAGCCAAACGAAGGUGGACUUGUAGCAAACCUAACAUGUUCCGGGAACCUUCUCUGAGUCCAUGAAAACUGAUGUUAGAACCUCCAUCUGCUUAUCCCAUAACGCCAUCCAGCCCUCUAUAUACCAACACAGACAGUCUGACGGUGAUCACUCCCAUCAAGAAGAAGAGGGGCCGACCCAAGAAACCUUUGCUCACCGUCGAGACCAUCCAUGAGGGAACAUCCACCAGCCCAGUCAGCCCAAUCAGUCGGGAGUUCCCGGGUACAAAAAAAAGAAAGAAGAGGCGAAACUUGGUGAACCUGACUCAGAUGCCUUUGGGAGAGGAACACUCGGCUGGUGAGUUGAAAUUUCACAAAAAGGUGGGUAAACUUGGUGUCCUGGAUAAGAAGACCAUCAAGACUAUCAACAAAAUGAAGACCCUCAAGAGGAAGAACCUCUUGAGCCAGAUCUUAUCGUGUUCCAGUAACAUAUCUUUGAAAGCCAAAACCCAGCCACCGGCCACCUCGGGGGCUCCAACGAUCGACGCGAGGUUAGGAAAGCAAAUCAAUGUGAGCAAACGAGGGACGAUCUACAUAGGCAAGAGAGGAAGAAAGCCAAGAUCUGAGUUGCAGUCUCCACAAGAAGACCCUAAGGCGGUCAUCAAACAUUUGAGGCCUGUAUCUAGCCAGCCCGAUCACCCAGCCGUGCCUUCAACCUUGCAAUCUCUCGUGACGUCCUCACCAGCAACGGUUCACCCACUGUCCAUGCAGCUAGCGGGCUCUCACGACAACCUUAGCCCUGCCAGGACGACCAAUUUUUCAGAGUUAAAGACAAUGCCAAAUCUACAACUCAGUGCACUCCCCACCAAAACUCCGAAAGGAAUCCACAGCGGGACUUGGAAGUUGUCCCCACCCAGGCUCAUGGCCAAUUCUCCUUCCCACCUGUGCGACAUCGGUUCUCUGAAGGAAAUCACACUGUCUCCUCUGAGCGAGUCCCACAGCGAAGAAACCAUCCCAAGCGACAGCGGGAUUGGUACAGACAACAACAGCACCGCCGACCAAGCCGAGAAGACUUCAGAAUUGCGUCGAAGAUACUCCUUCGAUUUCUGUAGUCUGGACAACCCAGAAGCUGUCCAGUCAGACACCAGCAGUAAGAACAGGCACAGCCACCGGCCAAAGCAUCUCAUGGUGGACAACUUUCUCUCCCACGAGUCCAUGAAGAAGCCAAAGCACAAGAGGAAGCGGAAAAACCUACAGAACAGAGAUGACCUCCAGUUCCUGGCUGAUCUAGAGGAACUGAUCAGUAAGUUCCAAGUCUUCAGAAUUUCUCACCGAAGCUACACGUUCUAUCACGAGAAUCCGUACCCCAGCAUUUUCAGGAUCAACUUUGAUCCCUACUAUCUGCCAUAUAUCCAGUACGACCCAUUGCUGUAUCUUCGCAGGACCUCCGACAUGAAGUCUAAGAAAAAGCGUGGUCGGCCUGCCAAAACCAAUGACACCAUGACGAAGGUGCCUUUCUUACAAGGGUUUGGUUACCCUAUUCCCAGCGGGAGUUACUAUGCACCCUACGGAAUGCCUUACACAUCAAUGCCUAUGAUGAACCUGGGCUACUACAGUCAGUACCCGGCCCCGUUGUACUUGUCUCACACCCUGGGCACGGCGUCUCCUUUCAUGAGGCCGACAGUGCCCCCUCCCCAGUUCCAUCCAAGUUCUCACAUGAAGAUGCCCAACACUGCCAAGCAUAAAGCCAAGCACGGCGUCCAUUUGCAGACGCCCGUAGGGAUGGGCCUCGGAGAGGUCCAUUCCUCGUUGACCUCUGCCAAGGUGUCGGGGACCAGCUUAUCCAGCGGCCGACUUCACAAAAGGAAACACAAACAUAAGCACAAACACAAGGAGGAGCGGAUAUUGGGGGCUCACGAUGACCUCAGCAGCCUCUUUGCAAGCAAGUCACCGGGCUUCUCCAGCCAUUCGGUGGGGGAGAGGUUAAAUGUCUCCGAGAAAGACAUCUCCUUGUUGACCGAGAAAGGCAAACACAAGGACAAACAGAAGCACCAGCACUGCGAAGCUGGCACAAGGGGGUCCAAGAGUAGCUUCGAGGUGGACACCCUCUCUACGUUGUCGCUCUCCGACACUCAACAGUGGGUCAAGGAGAAGAACAACUCAAGCAGUGAUGAUCCCUGCCUGAAGAAGUACGCUGGGAACACAGAGAGCAGUACGAGAGCCGAUGUGAUGGAUGUCUUUGGCGAGAUGAGUUCCGCCAGCGACAAGCGUGACGGGGACUCCAGUGGAGCAAAGAGAAGGAGCUUUGACGGAUUUGGGACCUAUAGGGAGAAGGACUUUCAGACGUUCAGAGCAAGUAGGAAGGACAGGAACUCGUACGAUUCCUCAACUGUUUCAGGAAUGACCAGUUCUCACCUAAAAGUAGACCAGGCGUUGCUCCAUAGUAAGAAUGAAUGUUCUGCUUUGGCGGGAGUGACACGUCGGAAACCAGCAGCUCUCAAUGGCAUUGCCGUGUCUUCGACACCAAUGUUAUCUCUCUUACCUUCUUCAACCGCAGCAGAAACAGCCAGCUCAACCCUCAAGAAGAGAUUCAAGCGCUGUGAAAUCGAAGCAAUCCAGUGUGAGGUACGUAAGAUGUGCAACUACACCAAGAUCCUCUCCACGAAGAAGAACCUGGACCACGUCAACAAAAUCCUGAAAGCCAAACGGUUGCAGAGACAAUCGAAAACGGGGAAUAAUUUUGUCAAGAAGAGGCGCGGCCGCCCGCGGAAGCAGCCCGCUUUGUUCGACGAAGACUCCGGAGACCAAAUGCCUGUGCUGGAGAAAUGCGUGGACCUGCCUUACAAACGAGGUCAGCGCCUUCUCUUGAACUCUCUGAUCCUGGAACAGGCCAGCGGUCAAGAUCCGGUAGCCGCCACCAUUGAGGCGGUGGUCCACAUGGCCCGGGAAACCUCCCAGUCCCCUCAACACCCGGUCCCUCCGUCACGGACGUCAAGAGGCGGAAAGCGGAAAAGCAAGUCACAACCACAUCCAGAGGAUGAGGAGGAGGAAGUAAAAGGGAAAAGACAUCGGAAAAAUAGAGGAAGUGAGAACGAACACCUUCCCUAGUAUCCAACGUGGUUAACGAAAGACAAAACAUUCAGUGUUCAGAGCAGAAAAACUCUAGUUCACAUCUUCUACAGCAUCAAAUUUGCUCUGUAUUUCAGUAGCACAGCACCCAUGAAGAGUCCAGAUGAAUUUGAUUCCUCCUCCUCCUCCUCCUCCUCCUCUUCCUCCUCCUCAUAACAAUAAGAACUCAACUGCGAUGGGAUCCCCUCGGUUAAUAACAGGGGAGAGGGGGUACGGAAGACAUUGUUCAAACUUUUACUGACUUUUGCUUUUUAUGUUGUCGUUGUUCAAACAAGUCACCCUUGUUCUUGUGUCUCCAGAAGUCCCCAGAGGGGUAGGAGAACAUGACUCUGUAUGGUCAAUAUCUUUCUCAAAGGAUGGUCCUUGCCCCCCUUUUUUUGGUAGGUAACAUUGAAAUCACCAGCAACAUUUCUGGUCACCCACUGUGAUAGCGAAUGGGAAAAAAAUAUGUCUUCCCUGCCACACAAGCUAUUAAGUCACAGGAGUUCUUGCCCAGGAACCAAGAUGUCAGGGUUACAUCUGAAAAUUGUAGAUCUAACCCCUUUAAAAAAAAAAAAAUUAAUAAUAAUUAUAAUGCAAAUUCCUCAAAUGCGCUUUCCCAUUCUAACAAGGUUUCAUAGUUUCAUUGGGUUUGGGAACAUGAGAAGAAAAUUUGUCUGGGCUAAUGGUAACCAAACUCCUAACCCAAUCUUGAGGGAUAUUUGCCACAAAUUUUGAAGCGUGGUUAUUUUCUCUCUCUCCUAAGAGUGCCCGAUGAAAAGGAAAUUGGUUUCAAAAUGAGUCACGUAGGAAGAAAAUAAGGAAUCACAUAGGAUCGAUCAGGGGUCAGCAAACUUAAACAUUCAAAGAGCCAUUUGGACCCGUUUCCCACAGAAAAGAAAACACC